AUGGAACAUAGAUCUCGCAUCUUUUUUCCCAGCAAUAGAACAUUUAGGAUCAAUAACCUGAGCAGGAAUGACAGUGGUAAAUAUACCCUUAAAACCUUUGAUUCAGAUGGAAGAUCAUCAGACGAGCGGACUUUACAGUUGUUCAUUCAAGCUCCUGUGUCCUCUGUCCUGCUGGUCUCUGAGUGUCUGUCCCAGGGAGAGAUGAGGGUGUCCUGCUCCUCUGAGGGAGGGGACAGUCCUCAGUACAGCUGGACUCUGGAUGGCCGCACACUGACAGAUGCUGAGCUCCUUUCUGGAAAUAAUGAGAGUAACAACAUCACUCUGAAACAGCACGUCUCAGGAAGUCUGGUCUGCUCAGUCAGGAACAACGUCAGUAAUGUCUCCAAAGAACAGAAGACCUGUAGCUUCAUUAACUGCACCUCAAUCAAUGGGACACAGAUAUUAGGGUGGGUGCAUGCAGACAGUAACAGCCUGUGUAUUGAACCAACAACUGAACCUACACCAGUCACACCAACUGCAGUGGGCUUCAUUAACUGCACCUCAAUCAAUGGGACACGGAUAUUAGGGUGGGUGCAUGCAGACAGUAACAGCCUGUGUAUUAAACCAACAACUGAACCUACACCAGUCACACCAACUGCAGUGGGUACUUCCUGGUUCAUAUUUGGUUUGAAAGCUGUUGUGAUAAUUCUGUCAUUAAGUGGGAUUUGGAUCUGGUUCACUUGGAAGAAAAAAACAAUAUUGGAAGACUCUACUGUCCCACAAAGGAUGGUAUCUCCAGAUAACUCUGUUUUCAUGAUUGAAAUGAGUCCUUACUCCAACACCUAGUGUCACCUUUCACCUGCUGUACAUUUGUCACAUAUCUGUGUAGGUGUGGAAAUAAGAAUUAGAGUGUUUUUCCUUUCCUUUUAAUUCAUUCCACAUUUUUCCACAAGAAAACAACUGUGUAUAAAUUUCCAUAAAAAUGUGAUUCUUUCUGUAAUUUCUGUAAUUUUAUAUUGUUAAAAUCUCCCAAUUUUUUUCAAUCUUUGGGCUGAAGGAAGGACAAUACUCGGUGUAUAAAUGCUCAAUCAACAAUUAUUUUAUUAAAUACAAUUCAACACUUUUGAGCAUAAACCAUCUGGAUGGUGGAGGGUUACUCAAACUCUUAUAGCUUCUAGUGGCCCCCACCUAGUCGUAAAAACAUUCUUUCUCUCUUAGGGCACCUAAGUUAUGACCUUGACUUCCUGUGCAGUAUGUUCUGUUCUUUUCUAAUCAGACAAAUAAGGCGAUGACUCUCUGAAAACAGUAUAACAUGGUAUAAGAUAAUAUAAUCUCACAAUAUUUAGGUCCUCUUAAAUAUAAUCAAAGUGGAAAAAAAGACU